AUGUUUGAUAUUUCUGUUGAAGACCCGACAGCUAGUGGCCAUAUCCAUGUCUGGCAAAACUCAUGGGCCUUUUCCAGCCGCGUUCUAGGGGUCAUGGUGAUGAUUCAUGGCGAUGAUCAAGGACUUGGGCUUCCUACUCGAGGAGCUCAAAUUCAGACAGUUAUUGUCCCCGUUGGUGUAAAGAAGUCAACUAGUCCUAAGGAGAAGCAGAUGUUCAUGGGUCAGAUAGAAGACAUAGCCAAGAAGCUGAAGCUUGCCGUUCAAUACCUGGGAACUCAAGGGGCCCCUUUGAGGGUUGAAUUCGGUCUACGAGAUGCUGCAGGGGGCGUAAUCAGCCACUGUCGGAGGGAUACCGGCGAAAAGGGUACAAUCGCAAUUGAGAAUAUCUCAGCCGAAAUCCCGGAGCCAUUGGAGCAGAUCCAAAAUGCCCUAGAUGAGAAAAACGUCUUGCUGAUACCAUUUUGCCUAGAAAAGCAUUGCGAGCAGAGGACCAAAGAGCUUACAACGCGACAAGAUAUGUCUCAUGUUCCAGAGGAAAGGCGGCCCCCGAAUAUAGGGACGAAGAGCCUAUGUAUUUCCUUUGAACAGCCAGGAGGCUUGGGUCACUCAACCAAGUGUUUAAGCAAAUGGCCUUGA